AAAACUUCAAUUCAUAACACCACCAAACCAAACACAAUACUGAUCAUAACAAAUUCUUUUGUUUCCCCACACACGAGCCACUCUUCUGUUCUAAAUCACAAUUAUCUCAUCAUCACGGGAUUUAUUCAUUAUAUUAUUAUUAUUAUUAUUAUUUGUUACUUUUAACCAAUACAAACAACAACUUUACUAAAUCAAACAAAAGAAAAACGAAAAAAUGGUGAAACAAAACACUAUUGAGAAGAAUCAGCCCGAAUCAGAGAGAAAUGAUUUAAGGUACAAGGGCGUAAGGAAGAGGAAGUGGGGGAAAUGGGUCUCUGAAAUCAGACUACCAAACAGCCGUGAGAGGAUUUGGUUGGGAUCUUACGACACCGCCGAGAAGGCGGCGCGUGCAUUCGACGCUGCUCUUUUUUGCUUGCGUGGCAGGUCAGCCAAGUUCAACUUCCCCGACAAUCCGCCGGAGAUUGCCGGCGGCAGGUCUCUCACGCCGACCGAGAUCCAGGCUGAGGCGGCGAGGUUCGCGAACUCGGAGGCUUCGAACAGCCACCACCAUUCGGAUCGAACCGUGCCGGAGCUGAUACAGAUGGAGUCACCAUCGCCAUCAGUGUCGGAUGGAAGUGGAAUGGCUCACUUCGACAGUGACGUGGCGACUGACGUGUCGUAUAUGGAUUUGUUCUCGAAUAUGGGUUCGGGUAAUUACGCUACGGAUUACGGGUUGUUUCCGGGUUUUGAUGAUCUGACUGGCGAUUUUUACGCACCGCCGAUGCCAACUAUCGAUUAUGAAGAUAAUUCCUUCGAUGGCGUUCUAGUUCAGGAUUCAUAUCUCUGGAAUUUCUGAAAAAAUAUACAUAAUUAUAAAAAAAAAACAAAGGAAAAGAAAAGAAAUACUCUAGAUACUAUCUAAUUUUUUUACGGGUCAGUAUUCGGAUCAUGUUUUAGAUUUUUUCCGAAUCUCAUUGACUUGUUAUUUCACCCGGAGUAAUUUAAAUUCGGGUUUGGGUGGACCAAUUUUAGUACGGAACAUCCUUCAGUCAAUAGUAUCAUCUUCCACAAUUUCAUAUAAAUUGUGUGCGUUUGGUUUUUUUUUAAUAGCAAUUAUUUUUUGUAAUCAAAAUGUAAAGACAUUAUUAUACAUUUUGUAAUUUUGUAGCAAGUAUUAUUAUUGAA